AUGUCGGAAAUAGUAUCAUCAGUCAACUUUCUCCUCAACGAAUCUGACAUUGUGGUCCAUGACCCCGAGAACGUUCUACGAAAGUAUACAGACAAGAACACUGCCAACGGAGGUGUUAUAGAGCGGCAAUUCUGUGGUACCUGUGGGAGCCCGAUAUUGUCACUCGUCCUCGCGGCUCCGGGGACAGUCUUCCUAAAGGCCUCGUUGUUGGACAUUGACGAUAUACCGCAGCCUAAAAAGGAGAAUUUUCCGCAUAAGAAGCCUCAUUGGAUGAGGGAGGUCAAAUAUCUUCUGAAACGCUGA